AUGACCAUAUGCGCCAUGGACAGCUGGGUGGCAGCAGGGUGCCCCCCUUCACUGGGCACCCUGACCCAUCACCAUCACUCAUUCCUCCAGUUCCUGCCUGGCCUCCUGACUCUUCUCUGGCUGCCCAUCAGUCUGGCCCAUCAUGGCCCCCUACCCUGGGUGGACCCCAACACCCAGACUUCUAGGAAUCUGCGCUGCUACUCACCUGAGGAGAUUCCCCUUGGCCAGGUCCCCCUACACUUGUUGGCUCGAACUGCCAAGUGGGAACAAGCCCUACCAGUAUCCCUGGUGUCCAGCUUGGAGGCAACAGCAGGCCGCAGCAGGCGGCACAAGGAGCUUCCCACCAAGACCCAGUGCCCUGUGCUGCAGCCCAAGCAGAUUUUGGAAGCUGACAUCCACCAGCGCUCCAUUUCACCCUGGAGAUACCGUGUGGACAUGGAUGAGAAUCGCUACCCACAAAAGCUGGCUUGGGCUGAAUGCCUGUGCCAGGGAUGCCUGAACACUCGCACUGGCCGGGAGACUCCAGCACUCAACUCAGUGCCGCUGCUGCAGAGCCUUCCAGUGCUGCGGCGCCAGCCCUGCACCCACCACCCUGAGCCUGGUGCCUUUGCUUUCUACACAGAGUUUAUCCGCGUUCCCGUCGGCUGCACCUGCGUGCUGCCUCGAACUGCCCAGUGAUGUCCUCCACCCACCUAUUUAUGUGUAUUUAUUGUUUAUUUAUGCCCCCCCCACAUGUGGUCCUCAAGUCACCAGACAGGUGCCCAGACUCCAGGUAAACACAGGUGAGACCCAGCAUCAGACUCGGGCUUUCGUUUCCAAGAAAUGGAUGCCUAAACUAGAAGGAGCCUUGGGUGCGUCCAGGGCUUCAGGCUGGUCCGGAUCACCCCAAGUCCUCAUCUCCCAGCCACCUGGGAGGAAUAAGGAUCCCGUGUUUCUACAAUAU